CACAGUCAGGAGGACCUCAUCCUCUCUCUCUCAUCUUCAUUGUUUAUCUCUUUCUUUGAGUGAGCCAUAAGGCUGAAAAGGAUCUCCCCGACUUUGGAUUUAAUGCUUCAUUCAUCAAUCGAUACUGUAUAUUUCCUCAGAAUUGUUUUAAUUUCAAUAUUGUGUAUUUGAAUGCUCUCUAUCACCAUGGUAGGAACAGGGACUAUACAGCAGUUGUUCAGGUAAAGUCUGUUCCACUUCAAAAAGACAGUUACAAGCAGUGAGCUACAGUAGGAUGCGUUUCUCGUGCAAUUAAAAGGUUCACUUCUCUCUAACUCUCUCCUAAUUUCCCUGAAAACUGUAAAUGAACAAAGGAGGAGGAAAGUGGGGGAUGCUUUGACUACCAAAUGACUGUGAGUGAGGCCUGUCUGAAGCAUGCCUGUGUCCAGACCAUAUCUCUCUCCAUGAUUGCAGCACCUCUCCCGAUUUGCAUUACUGUCCUCCACUCUAAGCUGUGCUGAACCACAGAGAAAUGUAUUCUUUGCAUUUUUUAUUUGCUUUGUUUAAAUGCCCGUCUCCUUUUUCCAUGUGGGUCUGGUCUUAUCAGCAUUGUAUGCAUAUCCAUCAACAGACAAAAAAGUCCCUGCUCUAAGCUGACUGCAUUACUCAAUAAAGAUUGUAAUUCAGGAGCAAAUACUGAGAAGACGUUUCAAAGCACCGAAGUCCAAUGGAGGCAGUGAAAUUCUGACUUGCAUAUCUUAUUAUUCCAAGAUAUUGGUCUAGAUAUAACUGAAACAAGUCACAUUAAUACACACCUGUCAUUUUAAUACCUGUCAACUCCCCUUUUUUAUACAACAGUUCCAUGACAUAAAUCGUAUAAAAAGAAUGUAAAAAAGUUCAUGUUUACCAAUCCUGUCAAUAACAUAGAGGUAAAUAAUGAUGAAAAUGAGUUUCUGGGUACAUAUUUGCUGACAAUUUCUAGUUGUCACUGACUGUAGUGAGUCUACCCUAGCAGACAAAUUAGAUGUCUCUUGGUAUAGCUGGACCAGGAGGUGUGUCUUUCAAAAGAGUUCUCCCUAACCCCUCCCAUCGCUCCCUUUCUAACGUUAACCUCAGUCAGUUUUUCGAGGGGUACUAGACCUCAGUUAUUCUUCUGGCGAUUUGCCCACACAGACAUAGAUACAGACACUGGAACCUCAGGCUGUGCUUUCUCUCAACCUCUCACCUAGCUGGGUAUCCUGUACUGCAGCCCUACUCUACUCACCUUUGACAUCCACUCCUCACAAGGACCUCAGGGUCUACUUUCAGCCACAGUCAAAUGAGGAUCCUUGAAAGGGAAGUUUGAAAACCUGCUGCUGUCAAGUGACCUUCAUGUCUUGAAGUUACGUGGGUUUCUUUAAAAUGUCAGCCUCACAAACAACAGUAUUUGUAAACACUUGACUGUAAAUCACAUCAGCCUACUGAGAUGCUGGUACUGUCUGGUUGUUGCUAUAGGUCCUAAUCAGGUUCCAACUAGGAUCUAUUCACUGUGACUGCCUAGGUUUCUCCAAAUCCUUUCUGUUGUUUCAGAGUCAGUGGUUAUCUCUGUAAGCAUGGAGGAUUCCUCUGAACAGUCUCACUGGGUGUCUCCGGCUCUGCUCAGCUCUGAUCCCCUGGCCAGCUUCUCCUCAGAGCCUGGCUUACUACCUCCAGGAGAGGAGGGAGAGCCCUUCUUAUCCAACCCUGAGACUGAUGACUUCACCAGCCUGCCCUCCUACUUCUCCAAUCCCAGCCACAGCAGGGCUCCAACAGCCUACAGACAGAGCUCAGUUCGCCAGGUGUACUCCUCGCCCUCUCUCCUGAGCAACCUCCAAUGGCUGGACGGGCCUGGCAGCCACUCUCUGAGCUCUCCAUACAACCCAUCAUCCUCUACCUGGACCAGCAACCCUUUCACUAAGACUCCUCUGCACCCAUACACCCCAACCUCCCUUUAUGCCUCCAGCGCCACAUCCACGUUCACCUCCAGAGAUGGGUACUCCUCUCCAGGUAGGGAUGGCAACGAGAGUCCCAGACUUCAGGAGGCCCUGAAGGCCGAGCGCUUGAGUCCUUUGGGUGGAGGUGGUGGAAGCAGUUUUCUGAAUCUGACUUCAGCUGCUGGGAGUGUGUGCACACCAUCUCCCCACUCCCACUUGCACAUGCUGGGCCCCUACAGCUCGUACAUGACCUCUCCACAGGACUACAGCACGGCAGGCCUCUACUCCUCCCCAGGGGCAUGGAUGAGCCCCUCCUCCUACUCCCCCAAACUACGUAAUAAGAUGAGGCUGCCCCCACCAGAGGCCAGAGAGUGUGUCAACUGUGGGGCCACUGCCACCCCUCUAUGGCGUCGAGAUGGAACAGGACACUACCUCUGUAACGCCUGUGGGCUUUACCACAAGAUGAAUGGCCAAAACCGUCCCCUGAUCCGGCCAAAGAAAAGACUGAUUGUCAGCAAGCGGGCCGGGACACAAUGUGCCAACUGUCACACCAGCACCACCACACUGUGGAGACGGAACGCCAGGGGUGAGCCCGUGUGCAACGCCUGUGGACUCUACUUCAAGCUGCACAACGUCAACAGACCCCUUACUAUGAAGAAAGACGGUAUCCAAACGCGAAACCGUAAAGUGUCCAACAAGAACAAGAAGGGCAAGAAGAGCGCCAUGUUAGAGCAUUACCCUGACCUUUCAAAUGGUCCCCCCCUCAAUGACCACGGGGGCGCCUACUCCCUGGGUCCAGGGUCAAUGCUCUCCUAUAGCCACACCCCUCACUUCCUCCCCCCACCCUCCGGCCUGCACCCGUCUGCCAACCUGUCCUACACCAAUCACCCAAACACUGGCAUGGUGCCCACACUGGUGUGAAACAGACCUGGGCAUAUGCAGACCCAUAAAGGCAACAUACAGCAUAUACAGUACAGACACACACUAGCCUACUGAGGAGUAGCUUCUUUGUAGCAAUGGAUGCCUUGUACAUAAAUGCAUUUAUACUUUUUUCCUUCCAAUUUUGUGUGUGAAGUUAUCUUGUCUAAACACUGGACAUAAUACUGCGCAUUUUUACAAGAUCAAAAAAGAAAAACUUUUAUGGAA